UCUAAAUGGUUGUAAAACUGAAAUUUAUAUUAAAAAAUGCAAUAUAUACCAUAAUGGAUUAAUCAGUUAGGCUGUAAAUAUUCGUACAUUAAGAAAUAAAUGUCGUAAAUCUAUUUUGUAUUUUUUAACAAAAGUGUAUUGGAUUUAAACACUUUUUUUUUUCUCCCAUUCGUUCGGUGGUAAGUGAAGGCAGCAGCAGUCACAAACACGGGGAGUUGUUCACAAAGACGAGACGGUAGCAGAGAAACUGUAGCAAUGAGCUGAUGAAGUUCCCUUUCGUUUGCGCUUUGUAAAAACCAUCCUGUGGAUGAUGUGAGAAUGAAUGGUAAAAUGCGGCUUUAGCUUUCUGCCCCACUGACUGCUGUGGUGGCGCCACUGUCCGACCGACAUGGAAUCAAAAAGAGUGGAUAUACCAUCCGACGUACUGGACGACCUUUGCAGUCGAUUUAUCCUGCACAUUCCCAGCGAAGAGCGGGAUAAUGCCAUCCGUGUGUGUUUCCAGAUCGAGCUGGCCCACUGGUUCUACCUGGAUUUCUGCAUGCAGAACACUCCAGGAGCUCCCCACUGUGGAAUCAGAGACUUCGCCAAAGCUGUUUUCCACCAUUGCCCUUUUUUGUUGCCCCAUGGAGAAGAUGUUCAGAAAGUCCUUGAACAAUGGAAGGAGUACAAGAUGGGUGUACCUACAUAUGGAGCCAUCAUUCUGAAUGAAUCCUUAGAAAACGUUCUUCUUGUUCAAGGCUACCUGGCAAAGUCAGGGUGGGGUUUUCCAAAGGGUAAAGUGAACGAAGAUGAAGCUCCUCAUGACUGUGCAGUACGUGAGGUCCUGGAGGAAACAGGCUUUGACAUCAAAAAUCGCAUUUGCAAAGAUGUGUUCAUUGAGCAAAAAAUCAACGACCAGCUGGUACGACUCUACAUCAUACCUGGAGUUUCCAAGGACACAAAGUUUUACCCCAAAACCAGGAAGGAGAUCAGGAACAUUGAAUGGUUUCCCAUUGAGAAGUUACCAUGUCACCGAAACGACAUGACCCCCAAAUCCAAACUAGGACUUGCACCAAACAGGUUUUUUAUGGCCAUUCCAUUCAUCAGGCCACUGCGAGAGUGGAUCAACAAACUGAAGGGUGAGUGCACGGACAGCGAUGAUGACCUCACCAGCAAUAGCAGCACUCCAGGGAAACCAUCAGACAACCAUCGAUCAAAAUCACAGCGCCUCCUGGGUACUGAAACAUUUGUUGGAAACGGCUGGAGCAAACACACGCAGCAGAAAGGUCAGCUGGUAGAGGUCAACCAGAAUUCAAGUUCAAAGGUCAAUGGAAAAAAAGGUCAGGACUUGCCUUGUGUGAAAAAAGAAGCCAAUGAGAGUGGAGCCAACGGUCAUCAGAAAGAAGACAGAAGGCUCCAGCCUAGGAAACUGCUAGAGAGUUUUGACCAAGACAGCGCUUCAUGCAGUUCCAAAGGUCACCACACGGUGAACAAAAGAGAUGUGGAACAGCUGCUGUCUUCCAAGACCUUCCUCAACUUUAAAUUUGACAGAGAUGCCAUCAUGAAAUGUUUCGACUGCUGACAUAGCCAUGAUGAAUUUUGAUUCCCUUUUACAUCAUAUCCUGGCUCUGCCUGAGCCAGGAUAUGAUGAGGAAGAGAAGAAAAACACCCACAAAGGGACCGGUCUCCUGUUCAAUUCAAAUGCAAACAGAAAACCUGCAGUUUGAAAAUGGAAAAACACAGAAGCUGCUUCUGUUUUUACUGACACUUUGUUAAUCUGUUAAGGUUCCAGUUGUUGGUUAUUGGUUUUGAGACUCCAGUCCUAAAAAUGUUCCGCUAUUGAACUGUGCAGACAAGUUUCUAAUCCCAAACAAGUGAUUUUCCUGUUUAGAUGUUCAUUCAGCAGCCACCUUUGGGAAUUACAGCUUUUAUUUUUUUAUUUCCUGGUCCAUAGUGUAUUUUCCUUAUAGAAAAUAUAUAUAUACUGAAAAUGUUGGUUUAUUUUUAGCAGUUUUUUCAUGGUUGUCAAUGCUGCCCACUACAGGUACACAUGAGCAGUUAAACAUCUGUGGACAGAGAACAAUAUUGAAAUGUUUAAAUGUUAGACUCUUACAUGGAAAACAGCUACAAUGUCCAGAAAAAACUGCUUUAGUGGAACUAGGCCGAAAGUUCCAUAUCUGCUCUACUUGUGGUGUUUCAUUUUUAUUAAUUGUUCUCCAGACGGUGUAUUUUUGUUCACCCUGUUUUUUCAACUUCAUUGAUGUUUUUGACUGUGAAUUGAGUAAAGAAUGUUUUUUCACUUGUU